AUGAUAUUUGAUAAUCAUCUAAUACCAAUUGCAGAAUUUUGUGUCUCCAUUGUUAUUCCUCUGAUCUUAACUUUGAAAACUCUUGAGGUUACCAACAAGGCGCCAAAGUCAACAAAAGAUACAACUUAUUCAAUUCAUAUUCUUAGAUAUUGGCUGACAUACUGGUUUUUAUUGUGCUUUAUUCAAUAUGGAGGUGUCAACAAUCAUAUGAGACUGUUCUUUUCACUGUUCUAUGCCUCACAAUAUAGAGCUAUUUCACCAUAUCUUGUUGAAUUUUAUCGAUCAACAUUACUACCCCGAAUUUGCUAUUUAUGUUUUAAAGUUCUUAAUCUACAAGUAUCAGAAGAAGAAGUCGAUAAUUAUUCAAUCAGACUAUUGGAACAGACUUGCUUUAAUAAUCAUUUAUUUGAAAGAAUUUUCUCAUUACUAAGAUUGGGAAAAUCAAAAUCUUCAAGCUGGUCAUUGGAAAAAACAAUUGUUAAAUCACCAAGGUCAAGAAAUCCAAGCAAUUCUAUCCAGACGAAGGAUUCGAAAUCUAAUAAUAGAUUUCUCAAUGGAGAGAAUGUGCAGUCAGCUGCUCAGAAUAUUGUUCCUCUCGAGAUUCAAAAAACUAGAAGUAGAAAAUCCAGUGUGACCAGAAGUACAAACAACACCAACUAUGAUUCAAAGACGGACCCAAAAAGGUUCAAGAAAAGAAGUAGCGACAAUCUGAGAUCCAAGUCAUCAUCAUCCUCAUUGAGUGCACAGGUAUCAGGGUCACAAAGUAGAGGCACUUCAAGAUCAUUGAAUAGCAGACAUGUAUCAAAUGAGAAUUAUGAUUCAAGUCAAGUGGAAGCUAUACCCACGAUUGAUGAUAUUGCUUAUGCAGUGUCAAAUCAUUUGGAACCAACAAAAGGCCCAUUUACAUCUCAACAUCCAAGUGAUUCAUUAUCACCAUCAUCUUCAUCCCCAUCAACUCACAACACUAUAACUUCCCAGCUGCUGGAUGAAAACAAAAACAAAAGUCAGCAAGAAAGAGCCCCCAGAUUGAAAGGAUUUUUCGUAUAA